AAGUCUCCGAGGCACCCAAGAGCUGGUUUGGAGCAUGACUUAGAUAAUCCAUUAUACAAAGGACGGGACACACCAACUGGGCCGGGACACCCAAAUUACUUUUAAUUGUCUAUUUUUAAAACUCUACCCCCCAAGUUUGGGUUAUGUGGCCUUUCGAUGCAAUUGGUUCAUCAUCCCCGGAAACAUUCUGCGGUGGAAUCUGGACACCGACUUACGCACCACAGUUCACAAGAAGUCGCCGAGCAUCAAAGUAAUCUAUAAGCUAAGUAGUCAGAACAUAGCGUCUUAACUAUUGUUUGUCAAUUAGUAGCCAGCUAUGUUAGGUUCUAGAGUUAUGGCUAAGGGUGAAAAUGGCCCCGACCCAUUUAUCUGUGUCCCUUUUAAGAUUGGUGUUUAUUAAGCAAGUUCAUGAAGCUAUCACGGACAAAGAACUCGGACGACCUGAAUAGCGUAUCCAACGUUCGAAAAAUCUUGCAUAAGAACUGAGACAUAGAAUCAUCGCAAAGCUUCAAAAAUGCCUCGCGCCCUUUGUUCUAAAGCUCGACGUCGCAAACUGUAUCCAGACACCUCUUGCAAACUUCGAAUUGUAUAUUUUUAGUUACCUGUAUAAGUCACCCGAGUGCGACAACACGACGAUGAACAAGCUCACGGCAAACCUCCGCCAAAUAUAUAUGAAAUGGGUCCCGAUAGCUCUUCCGCCAGCGGAUACUUUCAGGGGGCAGGCCGCCCUCGUGACUGGUGGAACGAGUGGUCUCGGACUUGCAGCCGCCGUGCAUCUUGUGAAUUUAGGCGCUUCUGAGGUUAUCAUAACGAGUCGCAAUCCCACGCGCUCGGGGAAAGCUCUCGAGACGCUGGAGAAGGAAACUAGCGGUCGUAGCAAGGGCGUGGUCCGCGUUGUUGAGCUUGAUAUGAAUCGUUACGAUUCCGUGGUCGGGUUAGUCGAAGAGGUGAAGAAGGUUCGGGCUGGGAAAGGAGGCGUUGACUUGGUCAUAUUGAAUGCUGGUGUCAUCGGCACCGAAUUCACUGUGGUUGACGAAGGAUGGGACCAGAAUAUACAAGUCAAUGUCCUCAGCACCACUCUUCUCGCCUUGCUUCUCCUCCCCUGGAUGAAGUCCGAGCGCGCGAACAGAUCUUCGCCCGCACAUCUCUCAAUCGUCGGCUCUAGUUCUCACACAGGCGUCGACACCGAGGCAUUGAAGAGUUACAUCGCCGAGGACGGCGGCGUACUGGCACACUACCGCGACCCGAAGAACUUCCCGGGUCCGAGUGUCUUGUACGCCGUCACGAAGAUGAUGGUGCACUAUGUAGCUGACGAACUCGCGAAGUUGGCUAAAGGGAAGGAUGGCCGUCCCGAAGUCAUCGUCAACACUAGUUGUCCCGGCGUAGUGAAAACGAAUCUCGCACGGCAUUACGAGGGACAGGGUCGCGCUAUGGCACUCGGCGUGGCAUUAUUUCAAGCGACUCUGGCGAAGACAGCUGAAAGCGGUGCCCGGACACUGAUCGCAGCUGGGCUAACGAAAGAAGAAGAAAAUGGGAAAUUCAUCCGGUUCUAUGGGUCCGAAGCGGAAUAUGAGAAACAAAGAGAAAGAAUGUUUACCAGCUCCAGCGGUCAAAGAAUCCAAGCAUCCGUGUGGUCUGAAAUAACAAACGAGCUCUUCACGAAAGUUCCUGCUGCCCGCGCCACUUCAGGGGCGUCGUAAUAGAGGUGGAAUAUCGUUAGGAUAGCAAUAUUGGAAAUUUCUCUUACUGUGUCUUUCUCUUAGCAUACCAAAUGUCUUAUAGGUACCGACUCCUGAUUUCUCGUACUAAGCUUAGUCAUUUCUUUGAUCAGAUGCAAUUGUGGGAUUCUAUCGCGAAAG